AUGUCAUCACUUGUCACUGCUCUGGUGAUGGUUUCAGUCAACAAGUGGGCACUGAACACAUUGGCGUUGCCAUGGACGCUGCUGUGGAUGCAGAUGGUCAUUGCAGUAUUCCUGCUCAAGGUGACCCAGUACACGGGUCUGUUAAAGAUGCCCAAGAUCAUCGGUGAGACUGCCAAGGCGUUGAUCCCCUUGAUCGCCAUUAACGUCAUCGGCCUCGGCGUCAACACCCUCUGCCUCGUCUACGUCGACACUUCUUUUUACCAGAUUGCACGCGGGUUGGUUCUCCCAUUCACAGUGCUCUUUGCCUACAUCCUCCUCCGCCAACCUUCCACAAAGCUGGUCCUCCUCUCCUGCCUUACCGUCUUCUGCGGCUUUUACACCGGUGUCACCUCCGAGAUCAACGUCUCCCACCUCGGCAUCAUUUUCGGCGUCAUCUCCUCUAUCACCACUUCCCUCCACGCGAUCGUCAUCAAAAAGUCACUCGGCGCCGUCAACAACUCGACCCUUGAUCUCGUCUACUACAACAAUGUCCUUUCACUCGUUGCUGUUACGCCCUUGAUUGUGCUCAGCGGAGAGAGCGCCGAAGUCUCGUACCGUCUGUCGACCGAAGGCUUUGCGGCCUUCCAUACCUUCUUGUUUGCAGGACUUAUUACGGGUAUCUUUGGGUUCUUGGUCAACUUGGCCAGUUUCUUGCAGAUUUCCAAGACUUCUCCAACCACUCAUAUGAUUGCCGGUGCCGUCCGUGGAGUAAUUCAAACCCUGUUGGGAUACUGGGCGUUCAACGACAUUAUCACGUCUGGGCGCGUGUUGGGCAUCUUUUUGAUUCUCGGCGGAGGAGCUCUGUAUACGUGGGCCAAGGACAAGGAAAUGAGGGCCAAGGACAUGGACAAACCCACGUAUAUCCCCAUGACCCAGCAGGAUCUCGAUGUCGAGGAGGACGACGAGGAGAUUAACGGCAAUAACCUCAAGGCAUAG